AUGGUGAAACACAACAACGUGGUGCCAAAUGCUCAUUUUCAUAAAGACUGGCAAAGCUAUGUCAAAACUUGGUUUAAUCAACCUGCUCGCAAACAAAGACGUCGCGUUGCAAGAAGCUUAAAAUUAUCAAAAUUUGCUCCAGCUCCACUCAAAACACUCAGACCUCUUGUUCAAGGUCAAACCAUAAGAUAUUGCGCCCAAGCCAAAGAAGGCAGAGGAUUUUCGCUUGAAGAGCUCCGCAAAGCUGGCCUAACAUCUCAGUUUGCAAGAACAAUAGGAAUAAAGGUUGACCAUAGAAGAAGAAACAAGAGUGCAGAGACUUUGCAAAGGAAUAUUCAGAGACUAGAACUUUUUAAGUCUAAACUUACUCUUUAUCCACUUAAAGCAGGUAAACCAAAGAAAGGACAAGUAAAUGACGUAGUUAGCUCUUAA